UAAAAAAAGAAAAAAAGGAGUGCGAAAUAAUUCCCUAUCAACGUCAGUAGAAUUUCUUUGUGAUAACGAUAAAGAACAAUAUACUUGUGACGUUUGCUUGAUGCAGUUUCCAGAUCAGAGGAACUACCACCGUCAUAUGGUUCAUCAUACUGGUGAAAAACCGUUUCAUUGUGCAAUUUGCCCAAAACAGUUUUUGGAUAAAAGAAGCUUAACGUUGCAUGCCCGUAUUCAUACCGACGAGAAGCCAUUUCAUUGUAGAGUUUGUCCACAAAGCUUCAAGCACGAUAGCUCCUUAAAAGCCCACUUACGCACUCAUUCCGACGAAAAACCGUACCAAUGUGAGAUUUGCCAGCAAAGAUUCAAACACGAAACCUCAUUAAAACCACAUAUGGCUACACAUUCUGGCGAAAAACCAUACGAAUGUGAGACUUGCAAAAAACGGUUUUCGGAUAAAAGAAGUUUACUACGUCAUGAAGUUAUUCACACUGUUUCCGAACUAUUUCACUGUGAAAUUUGUGCAGAAUGUAAACAUAUAACCGGAUGACGUCACGAUGCGUUUUGGGCUGGGUGGUAUAAUUUGAAUUUUUAAUCGUCUUUGGGGGCCAAACGAAAGACAAAAAAAAACUUUUUUAUCUUUGAUACGUGUUUUAAAUUAUGUUCUGUUGUGAUUUAUAACAUUUUUUUCGAAUUAAAAAUUUUAUGCAAGUUCCCUAUUGUUUUCAAGCUCCUUCCAGCACGUACAGAAUCACUAAUGUAUUACUUUGUUUUGAAAAAAUCACAAAAAAACCAGUUGGUUUUUUUCUUAAAAAACCUAUUGGUUUAAACCUUGGUUUAAA